GCUCCUGAUGGUCACAUUUUUCUGGAAGCCUUUUCUCCAGUUUACAAAUAUGCACAGGACUUCUUGGUUGCCAUUGCUGAGCCUGUGUGCAGACCAACCCACAUCCAUGAGUACAAACUGACUGCUUACUCCCUGUAUGCUGCAGUCAGUGUUGGCUUACAGACCAGUGACAUCACCGAGUAUUUACAAAAACUGAGCAAGACUGGUGUCCCAGAGGGAAUUCUUCAGUUUAUCAAGCUGUGUACUGUCAGCUAUGGGAAGGUGAAGCUGGUUCUGAAACAUAACAGGUAUUUUGUGGAAAGUACCCACCCUGAUGUCAUUCAGCAGCUUCUGCAAGACCAUGUAAUCAAAGACUGUCGCCUGAGAAAUGCUGAGGGUGAAGAAACAGAGCUGAUUACAGAGACAUUCACAAGUAAAUCAGCGAUUUCCAAAUCCAGUGAAGGUAGCACUGGUCCAUCAACAUCACAGGGAACAGAUGUUCAGAAUAAGCCAGAUGUCCCAGCUGACUUAUUUGAGUUUUAUGAACAGAUGGACAAAGAUGAGGAGGAGGAGGAGGAAACACAGACAGUAUCUUUUGAAGUCAAGCAGGAGAUGAUUGAAGAACUUCAGAAGCGUUGUAUCCAUUUGGAGUACCCCUUGCUGGCAGAAUAUGAUUUCAGAAAUGAUUCUGUGAAUCCUGAUAUUAAUAUAGAUCUGAAACCUACUGCUGUCCUCAGGCCCUAUCAAGAGAAAAGCCUAAGGAAGAUGUUUGGAAAUGGACGAGCCAGGUCUGGUGUUAUUGUCUUGCCAUGUGGUGCUGGCAAGUCCCUGGUUGGAGUGACAGCUGCGUGCACUGUCCGCAAGCGAUGCCUUGUCCUCGGUAACUCUGCAGUGUCUGUAGAGCAGUGGAAGGCCCAGUUCAAGAUGUGGUCCACCAUCGAUGACAGUCAGAUAUGUCGCUUCACUUCUGAUGCCAAAGACAAGCCCAUUGGCUGCUCUAUUGCUAUCAGCACAUACUCCAUGUUGGGGCACACGACAAAAAGAUCCUGGGAAGCUGAAAGAGUAAUGGAGUGGCUUAAAAGUCAAGAGUGGGGCCUUAUGAUACUUGAUGAAGUACAUACUAUCCCUGCAAAAAUGUUCAGACGUGUGCUCACUAUUGUACAAGCUCACUGUAAACUGGGGCUGACUGCUACCCUGGUCAGAGAAGAUGAUAAAAUUGUUGACCUGAACUUCCUGAUUGGACCAAAGCUCUAUGAAGCCAACUGGAUGGAGCUGCAGAACAGUGGCUACAUUGCUAAAGUCCAGUGUGCUGAGGUUUGGUGCCCAAUGUCACCUGAAUUUUACAGAGAAUAUGUAGCUAUCAAAACAAAGAAAAGGAUAUUGCUGUACACCAUGAACCCAAACAAAUUCCGGGCCUGCCAGUUCCUGAUUAAGUUUCACGAGCGACGGAAUGAUAAAAUCAUCGUAUUUGCUGACAAUGUGUUUGCUCUGAAGGAAUAUGCAGUCAGACUUGGGAAACCCUAUAUUUAUGGUCCUACUGCACAAGGUGAAAGAAUGCAAAUUUUACAAAACUUCAAGCACAAUCCAAAAAUCAACACUAUUUUCAUCUCCAAGGUGGGUGAUACAUCCUUCGAUCUGCCGGAAGCCAACGUUCUCAUCCAGAUUUCAUCCCACGGUGGGUCUCGAAGGCAAGAGGCUCAAAGACUGGGACGAGUGCUCAGAGCCAAAAAAGGCAUGGUUGCAGAGGAAUACAAUGCCUUUUUUUAUUCUCUUGUAUCCCAAGACACUCAGGAAAUGGCAUAUUCAACGAAACGGCAACGGUUUCUUGUAGAUCAAGGUUAUAGCUUCAAGGUAAUAACAAAGCUGGCAGGCAUGGAAGAAGAAGAACUUUCAUUUUCAACCAAAGAAGAACAGCAGCAGCUUCUUCAGAAAGUCCUGCAAGCAUCUGACCUGGAUGCUGAGGAGGAAGUAGUUGCUGGAGAAUUUGGUUCAAAGUCAGCUCAGGUGUCCCGUCGUGCAGGCACCAUGAGCUCCAUGUCUGGGGCAGAUGACACUGUGUACAUGGAAUACCACUCUGCACGGAGUAAGGCAUCUGCCAACAAACACAUCCACCCACUCUUCAAGCGCUUCCGCAAGUGAUGUCCUCCACGUGUGCACUGUGUUAAAGCUCUGCGUCCAUCUACCUGUUCCCAUAACUGAACAGGUGGAGUUGAAAUUCUUACAGGUCCUCUUAAAGACUUUUUUCAUAUGCAUCUUUAUAGCCACGUAUUUCCUUAGCAAGGUAUGUGCUCUCGUGGGUGAAUGUGGAAGGAAGGAAGGAACUAAAGCUUACCACAGGAAUGAUACUAUCCAGUGACUGGAUCUGGGUUAGACCUGUCUGGUUUUCAGGGUAAUUAAUAGAUUUUAUUUUUAUCAGCUGAAGACCCUUUUGCAGAAGAAUUCUGGAAAGGUUUUGUAAAUUAAGUUUGUACUGAUGUUUGAAAUACUAUUUAUCUGAUUAUUGUGUCUGCUUAACAAAAUACUGUGGUUUUUUUAAAUACUUCAAUAAAAAUCAUUCAUUGAGCUGAACAAAUCCUGAGAGGAGCACUUUACAUAAUAUUUUUAAACUGGGAGCUAAUUUAUACUUAUGACUUAAGCUGUCUUAAAAUUCUAACAAAUUGGUAAGAGAUACUUUGAAGUUGAAGACAAGAAGAGUGACUCUGUCUCCAGAGAAAACUCAAGGAAAGCAUUGGUAAAUAGAAGUAAAUUGUGUGCUCUGUUUUCCUCAUUUUUCUGGCUACUUCUGAGAAGUUGCUAAAAUAAAAGCUGUUUCCCUUGU